AUGAAGGUUAUUGGGGAAAAGAGAUACGCUCUAUUAUUAGCAGCUAAGGAUUCUGAUUACGUGAAGAAGGUGUAUGGUGGGUACUUCAAUGUGUUUGUUGAUGCAUUUGGGGGAGAAGGAGAGCAGUGGGACUUAUUCAGGGUUGUAGAUGGAGAGUUCCCUGACUUUGAUGAGCUUCCCAAGUACCAUGGUUUUGUUAUCAGUGGGAGCCCUUGUGAUGCUCAUGGAAAUGACUCCUGGGUCUUGAGACUUUGUGUCUUGAUACAAACACUGUACGCUAUGCAUAAGAAUGUCCUUGGGAUAUGUUUUGGACACCAAGUUUUGUGCCGAGCUUUGGGUGGUAAGGUAGGAAGAGCUUAUACUGGUUGGGACAUUGGGCUGAGGGAAGUCAAACUGGCGGAGGAUUUGCAACUGGGUAGCCUUCUUGGUGGUCUGAAGGAAAUCCCUCCUUCUCUUUCCAUCAUCGAGUGCCAUCAAGAUGAAGUAUGGGAGGUCCCUGUUGGAGCAAUGGUGAUUGCCUCCUCAGACAAGACAGCUGUGGAGAUGUUCACACUUGGAAACAACAUACUAGGAAUUCAAGGCCACCCAGAGUACACCAAAGACAUUUUGUAUAACCUCAUUGAUCGUCUUGCUAACAACAACUGUAUAGAGAAGGAGUUUUCUGAGCUUACGAAAUCAAGGGUUGAGAUGGCUGAACCUGACAGGAAGACUUUGGAGAAGAUUUGCAGGAGUUUUCUCAAGGGAAGAUAGAUAUAUUUUGAUUUCACAGACUUUGGCUCUGUUAUAAAUUGU